GAACCUAGCUAGAGAACCUGGCGAGAGAACCUCGCUAUGCUGAUCAACUGAACACUGUCUCCUUGUCCUGGAAUUGAGCCAUAAUUACUUGGCUUAUAGGUCUACACUCAACCACCAAGCUACAUGACCCAGGCCUUAAAAGUUUUUUUUUAAAAAAAUAUUUUUAUUGAACGCCCUCCCGGAAGUAGAAUGUAGAUCCAGCCGCUGGUGGCCCCCGAGAACAGACCUGGGGCGGUCGUGCCUGAACUAUUUCUCUACAUUUCCUCUCGCUCCUUCCUGAGAUUUCCAGGUCCACGGAGUGAGGACACGUCUCCACCAUCAUGGGGGGCAGAGACCUGAACCUGAAGAAGAGCUGGCACCCGCAGACACUCCGCAAUGUGGAGAAAGUGUGGAAGGCUGAGCAGAAGCAUGAGGCUGAGCGGAAGAAGAUUGAGGAGCUUCAGCAGGAGUUGCAGGAGGAGAGGGCCAGGGAGGAGAUGCAGCGCUAUGCGGAGGAUGUUGGCGCUGUCAAGAAGAAAGAAGAAAAAUUGGACUGGAUGUACCAGGGUCCUGGUGGGAUGGUGAACCGUGAUGAGUACUUGCUGGGGCGCCCCAUUGACAAAUACGUUUUUGAGAAGAUGGAGGAGAAGGAGGCAGGCUGUUCUGAGACAGGACUCCUCCCGGGCUCUAUCUUUGCCCCUUCAGGUGCCAAUUCCCUCCUUGACAUGGCCAGCAAGAUCCGGGAGGACCCACUCUUCAUCAUCAGGAAGAAGGAAGAAGAGAAAAACAGAGAGGUAUUGAAUAAUCCUGUGAAAAUGAAGAAAAUCAAAGAAUUGUUGCAAAGGAGUCUGGAAAAAAAGGAGAAGAAAAAGAAGCACAAGAAACAUAAGCACAGAAGCUCAAGUAGUGAUCGUUGCAGCAGUGAGGAUGAGCGCAACUGGGGGAGGUCUCAAAAGAAGAUGGUAAAUUCUUCCUCUGUUUUAUCCAAAGUUCCUGGGUAUGGUUUACAGAUCAGGGACUCCGACCAUAGCCAGCGUCUGCAGGGCCCUUUGAUGGCUGAGCCAAAAGGAGUGCAUGGGUGGAAGAAUCACUCCAGGUCCAGGAGCUCCUCCCCGUCACCUCCCAGACAUGCCAGCAAGAACACCAGAGGAGGGUCCCGGGACAGGAGGUCUCGAUCCCAGGACAGAAGGUCACGGUCCCCAAGGCCAAGCAAAACGCACAACUCUAAGGUAAACAGGAGAGAGAGAGGCCGAACUAAGAGCCCAUCACCUAAAAAAGAGGUCUACCAAAGGCGGCACGCACCUGGAUAUACCAGAAAGCUCUCAUCAGAGGAACUUGAGCAAAAACGGCAAGAAAUGAUGGAAAAUGCCAAGUGGCGGGAGGAAGAGAGGCUGAACAUCCUUAAGAAGCACGCGAAGGAUGAGGAAAGGGAGCAGAGGCUGGAGAAGCUGGACUCUCAGGACGGGAAGUUUAUCCACCGCAUGAAGCUAGAGAGUGCGUCCGCCUCCUCCCUGGAGGACCGGGUGAAGCGGAAUAUCUACUCUUUACAGAGAACCUCGGUAGCCCUGGAGAAGAACUUUAUGAAAAGAUGAAACCAUCCUCUCUUGCUGGUUUUCCUGAAUGUUCCAGGGAAGCUGCUGACCCUUAAAAAUUCUCUUUAUGAGUUCAAGUGACUUCUUCCACAGACGUCAAACCACCACUGUUCAAAGUGACUCUCCUCCGUUGACUCCUGAAACAGCUACUUCGAGAGCUUGCUUUAUGGGACCCUCAGCAACGUUUGCUGGGUGCAGAGUGGAUUUUGACUGUUUUUAAUGGUGGGCACUGGACCAUCUAGGUGUGAGCACUCCUGCCACUCUGGAGGGCUGCUUCCUGUGGUUGUGAUUCGUAUUAUGCCUUUCCUCCCACUGUGUGAACACACCUAUUCUACCACCUCAGCAUAUACCAGUCCUUUUAGAAACCUCACUCUCCAGGCGCUGACAUAGAUUGUGCUCACUUGGGUAAAUGAACAUUUACUUGGUUUAAUAGGUGACAGGGUGAGACCAGGUUAGGGCAGAGCCAAGGGAGUGACAAAGAAUCUGGAAGGGGAAAAUAUUUUUAAAAUCCUUAAGUGAACUGUUGGAACCAUUGGACUCUCAAACUGUAGAAGUAUAGUGUGUGUGUGUGUGUAUAUGGUAUUUUAUUUUAUUUCUUAAAAUAUAUUUUGAUUUUUUACAGAGGAAGGGAGGAUAGUCAGAAACAUCGAUG